AUGUCCUCACCACCCUACAAGAGCUACUCUCACCUCACCUCCUCGUCUUCUCCCUCCUGCGCCCAAUCCCAACAACAUUACGACAACGACAACAGCAACACUACCCACGACCAGCCCUCCUCCCCCACGACCACACUCUCCUCCUAUACGCGCGAGAUGCACCUCCACACUAAGCGGCAGAUGGAAGCUGCCUCCCGCUCGGCGCGGCGGCGGAGUGGCAACGCGCAUGGCGUUGGGAGCGCGGAUAGAGUAGGGUGGACCGGAGUGGAUUGGGCUGUAUAUACGGGUGAAUGA